UUAAUCCCAAAGCUAAGCCAGCCUCAAAAAAUUAAUCCUUAACUACUACUACUAUUGCAAACUCUCUCUCCCUUCCCAAUCCUCCAAUUCAAACUUACUUGGAAAGAACAAAAAAAAAAAAAAAAAAAAAAACCAAGAGGAGGGAAUUUCAAAAUGGCCAAGCUCCACGCCGUCGUCGCCGCUCUCUUCUUCGCCCUCGCGGGCUCCACAUUCGCUGCUCCGGUCCCCGAUUUCGUCGUCGAGGGCCGCGUUUAUUGUGACACGUGCCGCGCUGGAUUCGAGACCAGCGCCACCGAGUACAUCGAAGGUGCGAAGGUGCGGCUGGAGUGCAAGCACUUUGCGACGGGGGCGGUGGAGCACGCGGUGGAGGGGGUGACCGACAAGACCGGGACGUACAAGAUCGCGCUGACGGACAACCACGAGGAGGAGAUCUGCGAGGUGGUGCUGGUGGACAGCCCGCUGGCCGGGUGCUCCGAGGUGACUCCCGGGCGCGAGCGCGCGCGCGUCCUCCUCACGCAGGACAGCGGGAUCGCCACCAACGUGCGCUACGCCAACCCCCUCGGCUUCCUCAAAGAGCAGCCCCUCCCUGUCUGCGGCACCCUGCUGCAGCAGUAUGCGCUCGGCGACGACGAAUGAGAGACAGAGAAAGAGAGAGCACAAAAGAAGUGAGAGUGAGCAAAAGAGGCUGCUGCUUCAGUCACUGAUGAUUCUGAUUCAUCUCUUCUGGUGUCACCCAGAGUUUUUCAAAUAAACUACUCUCAGCAUGGAUAUAUAUAUAUAUAUAAAUAUCUAUAUAUAUUCAUCACAUCCUAAUGAUGUGAACCAUUACCCUUUUCUCUGUUUCUCUUCACUCACAGAGUGAGAAGAGAGAGAGAGGAGUUUGAUGUAAUUGUAUCCAUGUUAAUGCUGACAAUAUGCUGGUGACUUUAUCUAUUAAA